AUGGCAACGCCAACUCACUUCAAGCUCAACACCGGAGCCUCCAUUCCAGCAAUCGGCCUAGGAACUUGGCAAGCUCCAGAAGGUGAAGUCGGGCGAGCAGUAAAGCAUGCUCUACAAGACGGCUACAGGCACUUGGAUUGUGCACUGAUCUACCAGAAUGAAAAAGAGAUUGGAAAGGCCAUCAAGGAAUCUGGAGUUCCCCGUGAGGACAUCUUCAUCACGAGCAAACUCUGGAACACGUACCAUUCCAAUGUCUCUGAGAGCUUGGAGCAGACUCUGCGAGACCUCCAGACCGACUACCUGGAUCUCUAUCUCAUCCACUGGCCAAUUCGCCUGGUUCCUACUGCUGAGGAGCCCUUGCUUCCUAAGAAUCCCGAUGGGACUCGCGCCGUGGAUUCCUCGUGGGACCAAAGGGAAACUUGGAAACAGAUGGAGGCACUGUACCGCUCCGGCAAGGUCAAGGCCAUUGGCGUCUCCAACUUUAGCGUUCCGUAUCUGGAGCAUCUGGCAGCCGUCUGGACUGUCGUGCCGGCAGUCAACCAGGUCGAGUUGCAUCCUUACAACCCGCAGCACAAGUUGAAGGAGUGGUGCAACAGCCGCGGCAUCCUUCUCGAGGCAUACUGUCCCCUCGGUUCAACUGGCGCUCCUCUUUUCUCAGACGAGACAGUCUCUGCACUAGCAGCAAAGCAUGGGGUAUCUCCUGCCACCAUCCUGAUUUCCUACCAUGUGAACAAGGGCUCCGUGGUCUUGCCAAAGUCCAUCACGCCGAGUCGCAUUCGUGACAACCUGAAGGCGAUUCCACUUCCGGAAGAGGAUGUAGCUCUGCUGGAUGCACUGGCCGCGAAUGGAAAACAGAAGCGAGUAAACACUCCGCUCUGGGGUCACGACCUGGGCUUCGAGGAUUGGUAUGGCCCCAAGAAGUAG